GCCUUGGUGCAUUUGUCACUAUAUGAACUAAAUAAUAGAGAAAAUUAGAUUCCAAUACAUGGUUGCAUAGCUUUAGAACGAUAUAGUAUCCUGGCUGAUUCUGCGAUCGUUAGCGCUCUGUUGACUGCAAUGAUGUUGGUACAAUCAAUUGUGCAGAACGAAUAGAGUCAGAUCAAGUGUAGAAUGUCAACAUGCAAUCUCACCACAGUAAACUGAGGAGAUUGUCCGAAUUGCAGAAUUCUCGAUGGAAAAUCAUCAUGCAAGGAAAGGAUUUUGAUGACCGAAGUCAAUGUACGUACCAUUAGCCGAGAUUACAGGGUGGCAGUAGUCGAAUCUGCAGUUAAGUUCUGGUAUAUUAAAUCAACUUGAAUGCGUUCCAUUAAGAACAUCCUAGUCGUGGUGGUAAUCGACUGGAAAGGCCAUUUCAAUUCCAGAAGAUUGACACCACGACAAGAAGUGUAGUUCACAGUGAGAGAAGAGGAGCAAUAAGAAAAAAGAGGAGAGGAAGAGAGAGAGAGAAAGAAGGGACGAAAAUGUUGUGGGCGGUAUUUGUGUCUGUCCGCAAUAGCCUCGUCACGUGCCGUGCGGGCUGUAUACUCGAUCACCCCAGGCUUAACACCUCCAUUAAUUGAUUGACGCUUUGUUUCCGUCGCAAGACCACCCAGUGUUAGUCCCUGUCGAACAAUUGACUUCACUGAUUCCUCCCGUACUAUUCCUCCCCGCCUCUCUUCCAAUGACCGAAUCCCCGGGUUCUCCUCUCUCUUCCAUCGCCUCCGACGACAUGUCGGAUCGCGAGGAAUUGAAGCAGGGCCUCUCCCCCUCGGCCUCAAAUAUGCCUCCUUCUAAACGCCGUCGCACCGGCAUCGCAUCCUGGGAUCGCAAUACCCCCGUCUCAACAUCCUUCCAAGAUGAUAUUCCCCCGGCCUCCCCGUCCUCUUCCAUCUCCUCGGACACCUCGGGCGACAUCCCCAACUCCCCCGGCACACUGGCCCUUAUCGGAGGCACUCAGGACGACGACUACAGCGGUCAAGGCAACGACCAGGUGACCGUAUGCCGGUGGGAAGGGUGCGAUGCAGGAGAUUUGGGCAACAUGGACGAUCUAGUCCAGCACAUUCACAACGAGCACGUCGGCAGCCGACAGAAGAAAUAUUCCUGCGAGUGGUCCGAUUGUACUCGAAAGGGCCAAACGCAUGCAAGCGGAUACGCGCUGCGCGCACAUAUGAGAAGCCAUACGAGGGAGAAGCCUUUCUACUGUGCGCUACCAGAAUGUGACCGCAGUUUCACCCGUUCAGACGCCCUCGCCAAACACAUGAGAACAGUUCAUGAGACAGAAGCCCUUCGACCUUCUGAUCCAGUACCGAAGCAUCAUAAUGCGCCUUCCGCCGUGGGCACCCCUGCAGGGACACCCGUGAGCAAGCUCCAGCGCAUCAAGUUAAAGGUUUCCCAGCCGCCUAAAGGUGACUCCGAGCUGCCUUUUGAGCACAACAAUGAUGAGGGCAAAUGGCUGGACUGCUAUUUGGACAACUGGGCGGAUUCCGGUUUCCACUGCGAGCUCGGCUUUCAGAAAUAUGAGAGCUCGCUUCCGCCGCAACAACUCUAUCGACUUCUCCGUCGACAAAUCCACUGGGCAGAGAAGGAAACAGCAAACCUCCGCGAUGAGUGGGAGAAGAUCAUACCGAAAAGAAAACAUGCAUUUCUAGAAAAAGAAGCCAUCUUCGAAGACGUCUGUGAUGCUGAACUGCGACUAUUCAGCCUCCUCAUGGGCAGCGACGCCGCAGCGCCGUCGUCAUCAGCCGCUGCCACAAACGGAGCAAAGAAGCAACCCGAGGCAGCAGAUACAGAAAUGACGCUUAACCCUGAAUCAGAGUCGGCGGCAGCAUGAAAGAGAUAAUUUACCAUUUUUCUUUUCUUUUUUUUUUCUAACUUGGGUCGAUUAACUUACCUCUUUUUCGGCCCUCAUCUUCCCUUUCUACCACGCCUUAUCCCCCUUCUCAUAUAUCUUCUCAUUCUCUUAUCUUCUUUCCUGUCCUUGUCUUCUAGGGGUAUAACUUUUAUGAACCAAGAUACCUAAUCAGAUCAUAUCUUUUACACGUUUUGGUGCACGGAUUGUCAGUCAUGGUGUGAUUUUCUCUCUUGUUUUCGGCAACAUUGGUCCUGAGUUUUGUUAUUUUGUACUUUUAUGGAAUAGGAAUUCGACCCUUGCUUUUCAUUACUCCUACUAUACUGUUAAAGUGUGUGAUAUAGAUCUAUAUCCAAGCUGUCUAAUAGAGAACAGGGCACAUACGUCGUUUGUAGGGGUACAAGUGGCCCGAACCGAUGCUAUCUAGUUUUCCUAUGCCGUAUGACCAGUUGGCUAUUUUCAUUAGCAAGAGAAAAAACAACAGAUAAAUUGGAACGUAAUCUUUGUUAUUUUCGAU